AUGUAUACUGAACUGAAAUUCACUUCAGCAUGUUUCCGCCAGCAUGAAAUAUUUGCGGUGUCAACUUCCGCAGUACGCAGAAGUUCAUAUCGGACAUCGUUUCACGGGGAGUACAGAAGGGCUGGUCAACCUCGGGACAACUCUCCACCAUGGAAGAAGAUCCGUUUCAGUUUUGCUAAAGGUGUGGAGGGGGUGCAGAAGCAUUUUUGGCUAUUGAAGGAGGAGAUAUUGGGCCGCUGGGUGGGACCACAAGGACGGCCACUGAAGGAGCACAUGCUGGAACAGACCAGAGUUCAGUGGGAUUUCCGGGGCCCUGACAGUCUCAAACAGUGGAUUGUCUCGUCGGACCAAGAAAUCGGAGGGCGGAGUGAGGUGUACCUGAAACUGAGCAGAAACAACAGCACCUGUCUGGUAUAUGGUACACUGUGUUCCACUCCCCCGCGGGAUGGAGAGACACGGUACAGUGGAUAUUGCACAUUGUGCUCCAAACGGCUCCUGGGUUCAUUUGAUAGGAAGAAGCAUAUUGACUGGACGAGUUUUAACACUUUGCACCUUCGUAUUCGUGGCGAUGGACGACCAUGGAUGAUAAAUAUUGCAACAGAGACCUACUUCUCACACCAGAAGAAUGAUAUGUACAACUACUUUUUGUAUACAAGAGGUGGACCAUACUGGCAAGAUGUUAAGAUUCCAUUUUCAAAGUUUUUCCUUUCCAGUCGGGGGAGAAUACAAGAUAAUCAGCAUCCUAUAUGGCUGGACAAGGUGAACACAAUUGCAUUCACCCUGGCUGAUAAAGCAGAUGGUCCCUUUCAGCUGGAAAUUGAUUUCAUUGGUGUUUGCAAUGACCGAGCACACACAGAGGACUUUGCCUAUGAAUUGUACAAAAGGAACCCAGAGGUUUAAGACACUCAAUUGGCUGGCUUUAGACAUUUGAGACUACAAUUGAACCGAUAUGGAUUUAAUCUCUGUUAUAAUUGAUAUAAAAUAAAGCAAAGAACGUUUUGUGCAUAGAUGCACAAAUAAACAUGCAAUUGCGAA